UUUCCGGGACCAGAUACACUGUUUUCCGACUUGCAGAGGUCGCCAAUCUCGCAGAUUCCAGGCUCGGUUUGCAUGCAUGCUGAUUGGAAUUGACUGUUUGAUCAGCUUUCAUCUAAAAUCUGCUGUUCCUAAUGUAUCACCAACCGGUGCUUAAAAACCGACGGACUCUGCUAGAAAGAGCGGAGAAGUUUGUGUCUGAUGUUUACUUCACCGAUUGCAACCUCCGAGGAAGACUCUAUGGAGAAACAUGCCCUAUGGAAUCGCUGUCGUCUUUCCUGACUCCAAAACGUAUGUCAUACUCUGAGGCAUUACAACAGACCUUUCAACCAUGCAAGGUUGGAGACAGCUUCGGGCCGACAUGGUGGACAUGCUGGUUUAAGGUGUCCCUGAACAUUCCUGAGACCUGGGAAGGGAAGGAGGUUCAUUUUCGAUGGGAGAUCGAUGGAGAGGGAAUGGUCUGGAAAGAUGGGCAGCCUUGUCAGGGGCUAACAAAGGAGGGUGAGAAGACUAGCUAUGUCUUGACCACAAGCCUCAAGAAUGAGGAACCUCACAGUCUCACCCUCUAUGUAGAGAUGGCUUGUAAUGGCCUGUUUGGGGCUGGGAAGGGGUCCAUGAUCGCAGCCCCUGACCCCAACAAGAUGUACACCCUGCAAAGUGCGGAGCUGGUUGUGUUUAACCGUGAUACCAGAGAGCUGCUGACAGACUUUGAGAUGCUCGUUGACGUCGUAAAGAUGCUCGGGGAGGCUGACCAGCGGGGCUACCAGGCAUUAUUCACAGUAAAUGAAAUGGUGAAUGUCUGUGACCCAGCCGACCCCUCCUCCUACCCUGCGGCUCGCUGCCUGGCCCUGAGGUUCUUCAGCCAGAGGAACGGGCAAAGUCAGCACACUGUCCAUGCCAUGGGCCAUUGUCAUAUCGACUCAGCCUGGCUCUGGCCGUACGAGGAGACGAUCCGAAAAUGUGCCCGUAGCUGGGUGACCGUGAUCCGCCUGAUGGAGAAGAAUCCCGACUUCGUUUUCACCUGUUCACAGGCCCAGCAGUUUGAGUGGGUGAAAGACUGGUACCCAGGACUGUUUGCUCAGAUCAAGACCUUUGUGGAGAGCGGCCGGUUUAUCGUAGUUGGAGGAACUUGGGUAGAAAUGGACGGCAACCUGCCUUCAGGAGAGUCCAUGGUUCGCCAGUUUCUGGAGGGCCAGCGCUUCUUCCAGCAGGAGUUUGGCGUGCACUGCAAAGAGUUCUGGCUUCCGGACACUUUCGGAUAUUCUGCACAGCUCCCUCAGAUGAUGCGCGGCAGUGGAAUCACACGAUUCCUGACUCAGAAGCUCAGCUGGAAUCUGGUCAACACGUUCCCUCAUAACACCUUCUUUUGGGAGGGCCUAGAUGGAUCCCAGGUCCUGACGCACUUCCCCCCCGGCAACACCUAUGAAAUGAAAGGCAAAGUGGAGGAUGUGAGUCAUAAUUUUGAGGAUACCUUUCAGCCCCAGGAAGGGCAGGCCUCUUCUGCUGACCGUAACGUUGCUUUUCAGCUUCUCAACACGGUUAGGAAUAACAAGGACAAGGGAAGGGCCAACCAUAGUGCGGUGCUCUUUGGCUUCGGCGAUGGGGGUGGGGGUCCCACACAACUCAUGCUGGAUCGACUUCAGAGAGUGCAGGACACAGAUGGGCUACCUAAGGUUCAGAUGUCUGGCCCCGAUAGGUUCUUCUGUGAGCUUGAGGCGGACUCCAGUCUCCUUUGCACUUGGUCAGGAGAGCUUUUUCUGGAGCUCCACAACGGCACCUACACCACACAGGCACAGAUCAAGCUGGGGAACCGCCAGUGUGAAGCUCUGCUGCAUGAUGUGGAGGUGGCCAGCAGCCUGGCCCAGUGCAGGAGCCCAGCCUUCCGCUACCCUGCCAGCACACUGCGGAGGCUGUGGAGACUCCUGCUCCUUAAUCAGUUUCACGACGUGCUCCCAGGCAGCUGUACGGAGAUGGUAGUGCAAGAUGCCCUGGCGUACUAUAACGAUAUCCGCAGCACCGGAUGCUCUUUGCUGAAGCAGGCAUGUGUGCUUCUGGCCGGGGAACAGGGUGGGGCCACAGCCGUCUUCAAUUCGCUGCCUUGGGAGCGGCAUGAGGUCGUGAUGCUGCGGGGCAGCACCGAGUUAGCCCUUGUGAAAGUGCCCAGUGUCGGCAUGGGCUCUGUGACAGACACCUUGCAGCCCGAGUGUCCUGUGUCAGUGACAGUCCAGCCUGACGGCACCUACCUCAUGGAAAAUGGCCUCCUACGUGUGGCUGUGGACAAGGCUGGCCGCCUGACCUCCCUCUGUCUGCUGAAGGUCAGCAGAGAAGCAAUUUCCGAUGGCUGCUAUGGAAACCAGUUCGUCAUAUUUGAUGACGUCCCUUUGUACUGGGACGCGUGGGAUGUGAUGGACUACCAUUUGCAGACCCGGAAGCCGGUAGUGGAGGCUGCCAGACCGGCAGUAAUUGUCAGCCCGGGGGGACUCCGUGGCAUUGUGUCGUACACUCUGAAGAUCAGCGAGCGGAGCUCCAUAACCCAGGAGAUUAUUCUGGAUGCAAUGUGUCCCUACGUGAAGUUCGACACUCAGGUGGACUGGGCAGAAUCUCACAAGUUCCUGAAAGUGGAGUUUCCGGUGCGAGUACGCAGCCCAAAUGCUGUCUAUGAGGUCCAGUUUGGCCACUUGCAGAGACCAACCCACAGGAACACGUCCUGGGACUGGGCACGCUUUGAGGUAUGGGGCCAUAAGUGGGCGGAUCUGUCAGAGCACGGCUUUGGGGUGGCACUGCUGAAUGACUGUAAAUACGGCUACUCUGCUGACCGGAAUACCCUCUCUCUGUCGCUGCUGCGUGCCCCAAAAGCUCCAGACGCGAACGCUGACAUGGGACAACAUCGCUUCAUGUAUGCAGUCAUGCCACACUCAGGUUCCUUCCAGGAUUCUUCGGUCAUCCAGUGUGCAUACAACCUUAACUUCCCCCUUCGACUUGUGCCCGACUCGCCCAGCUUCAGCUCCUGGAGCGCCUUCUCCAUCAGCUCUCCAGCAGUCAUCCUGGAGACCAUAAAACAGGCUGAAGACCAUGAUGACGCUCUUGUGGUUCGUCUGUACGAGUCAUACGGGAGCAGUGUGAGAGUGACCCUCAGCUCAUCUCUGAAACUCAGGAAGGUCUCACACUGUGAUCUUCUGGAGCGUCCUGUGCCAUCAAAGCCCUCCCCACUCACAGCUUCAGGAAUCAGCCUGGAUUUCACACCCUUUCAGAUUGUCUCUCUUCUGCUCUUCCUUGACUGAAGAUGCUUCUUUUAGCCUCACAACGGAGAGGCCUUACUUUUCAACCAACAAGUGAACACCCUGGACGGCAUUUUGAUUUAUACACAGCAAAUGUAGCUAUCGGAACAAUUCAUAGUGGGGGUGGCCUAUGAGAUAGGACUCUGUGCCUGUGAUCGGAACAGCUAAAUGAAUGAAUUAACGUAAUGAAAUAAAAGCCAAGUAAUGGAUGACUGCAUUAGUAAUGUAUUGCUUUUAAUGAAUCAAUAAUGUAUUUGUUAAAAUACCAAACAUUGACAAAAAUAAUACAGUCAAUAUCCAAGUGCAAAGUUGGAUUUUAAGUGUUUUUUUCUUUUAAUCAUCCUGAAACUGUUGCUCUCCGUACUGUUAGCUGCUCUCCGUACUGUUAGCUGCUCUUCCGGACUUUUAUGCUGGUCACUCCACCUUUUUUUUCUGCCGUCCUACUGUUAAAAAAAAAAUACAUUAAAAAAUCCUUAAUUUUUUUUUCUCUAACCUUUGAUACUUUCUACUUACAUAGUGUUUCAUUAUAAAGUUAAGCACAAAGACGCAAAUUCUGAUAUAUAUGUAGGUCGUUACUUAUGCUGUAAAAAGGUAGUUUCUAUUUUCUAAUCACUUGUGUGUUAAUAAGUGUGACAGUUGUGUAUGGACUGUGAGCAGGGAUCGUUUACAUCACUGGGCUACAUGGGUGUUUUACAUGUAUUUUUACUAAAGAAAAUAAUGCUUAAAAGUUUUGCCA